AUGCCCGAUAACUUGACCCCCGAGGGUGCCGCCGGCAACGGCGCUGACCUCGACAAGGUCCAAACACAACGAGCGAGAUGGGCCACGCGAAGAAUGACGGUCAAGAGUGGCAGCACCAAACGCCACUCCCUCUUGAAUCGACACAACCGCAAAAAGUCGUCAUCUAGCGAAAAGAGCGUCGGCGCGCCUGGCGGCGGUGACAACGGCCAUGGUCCCCUCUCCAAUGGCGACGACAACGGCGACGCCGACGAUCCCGAAGCCUCCGAAACUGAAGACGACGAGCCUGAGAACCGCCACCUCUACUUCAACCUGCCCUUGCCCGACGACAUGCUUGACGAGGAGGGGCAUCCUGCCAACAGCUAUGCCAGAAACAAGAUUCGAACUGCCAAAUAUACGCCCUUAUCCUUUAUACCCAAAAACAUUUGGUUCCAGUUCCACAAUGUCGCCAACAUCUUCUUCCUCUUUGUUAUCAUCCUGGUUAUCUUCCCCAUAUUUGGCAGUGUAAAUCCCGGACUCAGCGCCGUCCCUCUCAUUGUCAUUAUCUGUCUCACCGCCAUCAAAGAUGCCAUCGAGGAUUACCGACGAACUAUCACCGAUAUCGAACUCAACAACGCGCCCGUCCAUCGUCUGAUGAACUGGGACAACGUAAACGUCGAGGUUGGCGACGUCUCUACGUGGCGAAAAGUGAAAAAGUCCACUUCUCGCUUCUUUGGUGGCAUUUGGUACGCCGUUCAAAGUAUCUGGUCCAAGCAGGCCAGACAAAAGAGAAUCGAGCGCAAAGCCAAGGCCAACGGCGAAGAGGAGGAGGAGCCUAGACCUUCUGUCGAGACCCAGCGAACCCGCAUGUCUAUGCGCCGAUCCAUCACCUCACCAUUUGGCAACAGACGGUCCACCCACGAGGACAUUCAGAUGACCCCGGUGCCUUCCCCUUCGCCCCCUGGUCACAUCAAGAUCCAGGAGCCCGACAAGCAGGACCAGGCACGCCUUGCUGCUAUGCAGGACAUGAAGACCGACAUCAUCAACUAUAGACGCGCGCCCACUAAUGCUCGUUUCAAAAAGGACGCCUGGAAAAACAUUGUCGUCGGUGACUUUGUCCGUAUUUACAACGAUGAUGAACUGCCCGCCGAUGUUAUUAUCCUCUCCACGUCUGAUCCCGACGGUGCUUGCUAUGUCGAAACCAAGAACCUGGACGGCGAGACCAACCUGAAAGUCCGACAGGCCCUUCGAUGCAGCCGCGCCCUCAAGCAUGCCCGCGACUGCGAACGAUCCGAGUUCCUCGUCGAAAGCGAAGCCCCACAAUCCAACCUGUACAAGUUUAACGGCGCCAUCAAGUGGAAGCAGACCGUGCCUGGCUACGAGGACGACGAGCCAGAGGAUAUGACCGAGGCCAUCACCAUCGACAACCUGCUUCUCCGAGGCUGCAACCUUCGCAACACCGAGUGGAUUCUCGGCGUCGUCGUCUACACCGGUCACGACACUAAGAUUAUGAUGAAUACUGGUAUGACUCCCUCCAAGCGUGCCAGAAUUGCCCGAGAAAUGAACUUCAACGUCAUCUGCAACUUUGGUAUCCUUUUCGUCAUGUGCUUGGUGUCGGCCAUCAUCAACGGAGCCGCCUGGGCCAGAACCGACACGUCCAAGAACUUUUUCGAUUUCGGAUCCAUCGGCGGCAGCCCUCCCGUCACUGGAUUCAUCACUUUCUGGGCCGCCAUCAUCAACUUCCAAAACUUGGUUCCCAUCUCGCUUUACAUCACUCUGGAAAUUGUCCGUACUCUGCAGGCCAUCUUCAUCUUCAGCGAUGUUGAAAUGUACUACGAGCCAAUCGACCAGCCCUGUGUACCCAAAACUUGGAACAUUUCGGACGACGUUGGCCAAAUUGAAUACAUCUUCUCCGACAAGACUGGUACCCUCACGCAAAAUGUGAUGGAGUUCAAAAAGGCAACGAUCAACGGACAUCCAUACGGCGAGGCUUACACCGAAGCACAGGCUGGCAUGCAAAAACGUGCCGGCAUCGACGUCUCUUCCGAAUCUGAACGCAUCCACGCCGAGAUCGCCAAAGCCAAGGCCGACUCGAUUGCCGGCCUACGCAAGAUGUACGACAAUCCCUACUUCUACGACGAUGCUCUUACCUUUGUCGCCCCCGAUUUUGUCGCCGACCUCGGCGGUGAGUCCAGCAAGGCACAAAAAGAAGCCAAUGAAACCUUUAUGCUCGCGCUGGCUCUCUGCCACAGUGUCAUCGCAGAAAAGGCACCCGGUGACACGCCGCGCAUGUUGUUCAAAGCUCAGUCUCCUGACGAGGAAGCUCUCGUCGCUACCGCACGCGACAUGGGCUUCACGGUUCUCGGAAGCUCCGGCGACGGUAUCGACGUUAACAUCAUGGGCGAGGACCGCCACUACCCGAUUCUUAACACGAUCGAAUUCAACUCUACUCGCAAGCGAAUGAGCUCCAUCGUCAAGAUGCCCGACGGCCGCAUCGUCAUUUUCUGCAAGGGUGCCGACUCGGUCAUCUACUCUCGCCUCAAGAAAGGAGAGCAGCGUGAGCUCCGCCAAGAAACUGCUGAACACUUGGAAAUGUUUGCUCGUGAGGGUCUUCGCACGCUUUGCAUUGCUAUGAAGGAGAUCACUGAAGAGGAAUACCGAUCCUGGAAGAAGGAACACGACGUCGCUGCUUCUGCUCUCGAAGAUCGCGAAGAGAAGUUGGAAGCUGCCGCCGAGCUCAUUGAACAAGACUUUCUGCUUCUCGGCGGAACCGCUAUCGAGGAUCGCCUCCAGAUUGGUGUCCCCGAUACCAUUGAGCUUCUCGGACAGGCCGGCAUUAAACUCUGGGUCUUGACUGGCGACAAGGUCGAGACCGCCAUCAACAUUGGUUUCUCCUGCAAUCUGCUCAACAAUGACAUGGAGCUAAUUCACCUCAAGGUGGACGAGGAAGCUGGCGACGACGUCUCCGAUGACAUGCUGCUCGACGAGUUGGAAAAGGGCUUGGACCAGCACCUUAGCCACUUUGGCAUCACAGGCAGUGACGAGGACCUGAAGGCCGCCAAGAAGAACCACGAACCGCCUGGCCCCACGCACGGCCUCGUUAUUGACGGUUUCGCCCUUCGCUGGGCUCUCCACGACCGACUCAAGCAAAAGUUCCUCCUCCUCUGCAAACAGUGCCGGUCUGUUCUCUGCUGCCGUGUCAGCCCCGCCCAAAAGGCCUCCGUUGUUGCCAUGGUCAAGAAUGGUCUCGAUGUCAUGACUCUAUCCAUUGGUGAUGGUGCCAACGACGUCGCCAUGAUCCAAGAGGCCGACGUCGGUGUCGGCAUCGCUGGUCUUGAGGGCCGACAAGCCGCCAUGUCUUCCGAUUAUGCCAUUGGUCAAUUCCGCUUUCUGCAGCGCCUGGUCCUGGUCCAUGGGCGAUGGUCUUACCGCCGUCUGGCAGAGAGUAUAAGCAACUUCUUCUACAAGAACAUGGUUUGGGUGUUUGGCCUGCUUUGGUUCCAGAUCUACUGCGACUUUGACAUAACGUAUCUGUUCGAAUACAGCUACAUCAUCAUGUUCAACCUGUUCUUCACCUCGGUACCUGUCGGUGUCCUUGGUGUUCUCGACCAGGACGUCUCGGACAAGGUAUCUCUGGCCGUUCCUGAACUCUACCGCACCGGUAUUGAACGGUUGGAAUGGACGCAGAGAAAGUUUUGGCUCUACAUGUUUGACGGUGUCUACCAGUCAGUCAUGGCUUUUUACGUGCCUUACCUGAUCUUUAGCAAUUCUCGCCCCGUCACUUUCAACGGUCUCAACGUCGACGACAGAUAUCGACUCGGAGCCUACGUUGCGCACCCUGCUGUGUUGACCAUCAACGCCUACAUUAUGAUAAACUCAUAUAGGUGGGACUGGCUAAUGCUGCUGAUUAUCGCCAUCAGUGACUUGUUCGUCUUUUUCUGGACCGGUGUCUACACAUCAUUCACCUCUUCGUCUACAUUCUACAAGGCAGGCGCUGAGAUCUACGGCGAAGCAUCGUUUUGGGCCUGUUUCUUCAUCGUCCCUGUCCUCUGCCUGUUCCCCAGAUUUUCCAUCAAGGCUAUGCAGAAAGUCUUUUACCCUUACGACGUCGAUAUUAUUCGCGAGCAGGUCUUCAUGGGCAAAUUUGACUACCUCAAGGAGCCCAAAGCAAAGGACGACAACAAGACAGACUCCAGGAGUCAAGGAUCUCACGGCAGCUCCAACAGAAGCUCGAGAAGAUCGAGGCAUGUCCCAUAUGCCAGCGUUGACGAAGACUUGCGACCAAUUUACCCGCCUUCAACGGUGACGCAAAACACAUACAACGGGGCACACAGCCAGCAAGGAAGUGCCGACACGACAAAUAUGCCCCGGUACUCGGUUGAGAACCCCAUGCACAGAAUCUCGACGGACCGCCCGCGACCGUCGUACGACCGCAUGCGUGCUUCGAUGGACCGCACGCGCGCCAGUUUCGAAGCCAGCAACGACUUCACUUCGGCUGCCCGAUUGUCGCGGAUAGAGUCUUCACAUUCGCGCGGAAACUCACACUCGCACACGGGCAUAAUUCGCAGCCGUCUCCGCGCGCUGUCCUCUCUGUCCAAGAAGUCGGACGCCUAG